GUCCUCAACAGCUGGCUGUAAAGUCACCGACCAGAGCAGCAGACUGAGCAGGGCUGGACCUCGUGGGGUAUUAUAAAUGUGUAUGGUUAUAUUUGCUCCGAUUUUUGCCAUUUGUGCUUUUGCAACAUGUGGAGGCUACUCUGGUUACCUCCAGGUUAAAGUGGACUGUGCCGACCCUCGGCUGAGCAACCGCAGCAUCAACAUUGAGUUUGGAUACCCCUUCAGACUCCAUCAGGUGCAUUUCAGGGUUCCACUGUGUGAAACAAAGAGAGACGAGAUCCUCUUCCUGGACGGGGAUUUCUCUUUUGUCCCACAGUUUUUUGUCUCUGUGGGGGUUUUUGCAUUUCUGUAUUCUCUGCUGGCUACAGUUGUCUACGUCUUCUACCAGAACAAAUACCUGCGGAACAACCGAGGUCCAAUGGUGGACUUCUUUGUUACAGUCACAUUUUCCUCCAUGUGGAUUGUCAGCAGCUGUUCUUGGGCCAAAACUCUUCACGAGAUCAAGGAGGCCACCGACCCAACCUCGGUUCUGCUGCUCAUCUCUGCCUGUAAAGCUCCCGAGAACAAAUGCAGUGCAACACUGGAGCCUCUUUGGUCGCGUCUCAAUUCAUCCGUGGUUUUUGGUUUCAUCAAUGUUGUUCUGUGGGUCGGAAACAUCUGGUUUGUCUUCAAAGAGACGGGCUGGUACAAGACUGGUCAGCGGUACCCGACCAGGAGUUCUUCUAGGAAGCGCUCCGGGGACAUGAGGCAGCGACUUUACACCGAGAGCAGCUUCGACCUGCCGGACGAGUGUUUCUACCCCAAUCUGUCCAGACAGGACAGUUUCAAUGAGGCAGGGUUUGGUCGGCAGGUAUACAGGCAAAGCAGCCUGAACAAGUCACAGUUGAGCUUUAGCUUGCCACAGACAUACCUGGGCCCCACACCAGCUCAGAACAUUGCACCACAGCGGCCCAUGAUCUUCGUCAAUGAGGCUUGAUUUUAAAACAUGUUUAACAUGAGAUGAGCAAACACUACUGCUCCUCAAAACUGCGCGUCAGAAGAAGCAAAAGACGCACACUGUAAGGGAUAAACAGCCUCUUACAGUGCUUGUCAUUAUGUUCUAAAAGGCUAGAUGCUGCUCAAGACACAAAUUUUGAGACACUAGUAAAAGAAAAUGUUGAACUACUACUAGUCUUUGUCUUGAUGAGACUGAAGGAAUAAUGUUGAAAACUUUUAAACUGCUUGUUAGCAUGAAAUCACAGGUGUUUUAUUGACUUUAAAACACUCAACGUGCACUGUUUACACCCGUGUUUACAAAGCUCCAUCCUGGAGACGAGAAGCAGCAGCUGAGACCUGCUGUGGUGUCGGAACUUCACACACAGCACAUUUUGAGCGAUUUAAUGUCAAUAAAAGAGGAGUUCAUGAUUCAUGUUCAGAACAUUGGCCAGUUUGUUUCAUGAGUCAGUCUCCAUGCUGGAGCCUGUUUUGAAAACUAGUUUGGAAGUGAUCCUCAUGCAUUUUUAAGAUGGGUGCACCACUGACCUUUCUACGGUGCACCACUGCACCCGUGGCUUAUAGACCACUGCGGCUUAUGGAUCUAUUUUCCUUCUUAAAUUCAGUCGGCAGGGCUAAUAUUUAAUGCGCUCUGCAGUCUGGUAGCACUUACGGUACUGUCUUCUUUACUUAUGAAACGAUGAUGAAAAGAUAACGUAAAAUACAUAUCUACCUUCUUCAUCUCUCUGCAUUUCCUGUACUAAUAUAAGCAAGUCAGCCUGGUCCACCUCAUCCUCCCUGCUCACAGAUGCUCUCCUUCACCUUACUGUACCCUUAUUAGUUGUCCUCCUCCACUUUUCACUAAUAACACAAUUCAAGCACAAUUUCAUUAUAUUAUUUUUUAUAGUUUUGUACAUAAUUUUCAAUACCUCAUACAAAAAUUUAUUGAAAUAGCAAAAAAUAUGUACACCAAUAAUUGGGGUCAUAUUUUAUCAAAUUGGACCCGAGAUUAAAAAAGACAAUAAUGCCAAUAACUCAGCGUAUAUUCACUGUUGAGGAAAAAAAGUAAUAAUAAAAAAACUAAGACACACACAAAAAACAAAACCCACUGAAAUCAGUGGCAGAAAUAUAAAGAACCAUUCUUCAAUCUGACCUUGUCAAUCUCCCAACUAUGUGUGAUGCGAUGAGAUUUAAAUAUAAAAUCUUUUUAUCAUUUUAUACUGUAUAUGUCUGGACAAUCCAUACUUAAUUUGUUACAUUUUUUGUUAUAUUUGUUAUCUUACUGCAUUUACAUGAAUCAGUUGAGAUUAUUUUGAGCAUAUAUUUCCAUAAACACAUAUAUUACAUCUAUAAUGAAGAUAAGUUAAGAUUGCACGACUGAACAUCAUUAAAAAUGACAAAUUGUAAGAAUCACAAAACAAUUUUUGGCCAGUUAUUUACCUAGUUUUACACUUGCCAGAGAUUCUGAUUCAUGUUUCGUUGUUUUGACGUUGGUGAUUUGAUGCCUGCUAUACUUAUAUUGCUGGUCUUUUCCCACCUAUUUUUUAUGGAAGUUGUGUUGAAAACAAUGGACAUGUAGUGAUGACCUGGGUUCUGCUGAGGACCGUUCAGCUGUGCUUGCUAUGCUCAUGUGAAUGUGUGACAUAAAACCUCAACAUCUGACUGAAAACAUGAAUAUUAGGAUGCUCUGGAAAUAAUUGUUAUAUUUAGGUUGGUCUUUUUGAACUUUGAUUCACAUUACAUUCAGCACAGACACGAAUCCUGGUGACACACUGUUAAAAACAAGCUACAGUCCACAGCGGAACAAAGAGCAAGAUGUACUGUCAAAAUCUAACUGGCUGUCUUUGUGUUUGAUCUUAGGAUAUUGAUAUUGAGCUGGUCAUGUGACAAGCACAGACACCACAAGCAAAGCUAACGUACCGUAGACUGAUGUCGAUA